AUGGAUAUUUAUUCAUCAAAAUUAUCACCUGUUGUGGAUUAUGGAGUGGGUGCGUUUCUGCUGCUCAUUGCCAUUCUUUCCAUUGUGGGGAAUUUGCUUGUUCUUGUGAUGGCGUACAAGAGGUCGACACAAAUGAAACCCCCAGAGCUGUUGAGCGUGAAUCUGGCUGUGACUGAUCUGGGAGCAGCUAUCACCAUGUACCCCCUGGCUGUAGCCUCAGCGUGGAACCACCACUGGAUCGGGGGAGACGUCACAUGUGUGUACUACGGCCUGAUGGGAUUUUUCUUUGGGGCGGCUAGCAUGAUGACGCUGACAAUCAUGGCCGUCGUUCGCUUUGUCGUGUCUUCCACACUCCAAUCACCCAAAGAAAAAAUCAGCAAAAGAAAUGCCUGGAUGCUGGUGGCAGGUUCGUGGCUCUACACGCUGCUGUGGGCUCUGUUUCCUCUCAUUGGCUGGGGCAAAUACGGUCCAGAACCCUUCGGUCUGUCUUGCACGUUGGCCUGGAGAGACAUGAAGGAACACAGCCAGUCGUUUGUCAUCACCAUCUUCCUCAUGAACCUGGUCAUCCCGGCCGUCAUCAUCAUCUCGUGUUACUCUGGGAUCGCGCUGAAACUCUACGUGACGUACAAAUCCAUGGACGACACCAACCGCAUGCCCAACAUGAUAAAGAUACAGCGUCGUCUCAUGCUGAUCGCCGUGUUGAUCAGCGUCGGCUUUAUCGCCUCCUGGACGCCCUAUGGAGUGGUCAGCCUCUGGUCCAUCUACUGGCCCGGUGACUCCAUCCCUCCCCAGGUCAGCAUGCUGCCCUGUCUGUUCGCCAAGACCUCCACUGUAUACAACCCCUUCAUCUACUACAUCUUCAGCAAGACCUUCAAACAAGAGGUCAACCAGCUGGGCCGUCAGUGCGGCGUAUCCAAAAUGUGCCGCGCGUCGCCUUCCAAAAACGUUCCCGAGAACACCAUCUACCUGGUGUGUGCGGAAAACAAGGAGAAACGAGAAGCGGACGAAAAAACGUGUGGCAGGAGAGAGGCCGAGACUCAAAUAAUGUCAUGUUGAACUAAACUGGA